AAUGGCCUCAAUUAGCUACAAUUCCAUCCCCAUCCGACUUCUUUCUACCUCGCUUCCUAACACUAACUCCGUAUGUCUCCCAAACCCGAUCUUGUAUAAACCAAAACUUUGCAUCUUUUUGUCUGGCGAGGGCUCGCUUUUCGAGGAGUCAUUUUGGGGGGGUUUGCGCAUUGUUUCAGCUGAAUCCUUCGUUUUUUGAGCCCCAAUUUGUCUUCAAAGGCGACGGUUUCCUAUUUAUACCUAACAAAUGUAUUUCCCUUUAUAUUGACUCUCUCUUGCUUCUUCUCCUAUGGCUACGAAAGACUUAUCUCGAAUAAAAUGCAUCCCGCGUUACAGUUCCCGAACAUCUUUGAAGAGCAGAGGCUUCGAAUGCACAUGCUGUAUGCGCCAACUGAAAAGCUCGAGGUGCCCCAGCAGUCAAUCCAAUCCAAAGGAAAUCUGACAAGUCCAAUACAACAGUCGACACCUACUCGGCUUGUCUCCUCAACCCCAAAAACUGGCCCCUGUGAGAGCGUAAGAAUGAUGCUGCCUGGUACGGAGGUUACCGACGAGAAUUUUGACGAUGCAUAUGUGAACUUCAUAUUUCACUGCAACCCAUCGGUUUCAGCAGAUACAGAUUCCACCGAACUGCGAAAAGUAUUCCGAGCCCCUCCGAAAAGCGAUGGCAAGUCUUUCAGCACAUUUACCCUCUAUGAAUUGAUUGGAAGACUGGAACGAAAGGAACUCAAGACUUGGGCUCAGCUUGCGAUAGAAAUGGGAGUAGAGCAACCUGUGCUGGAAAAGGGGCAGAGUGCUCAAAAGGUACAGCAGUAUGCAGUGCGGCUUAAGGUAAGGAUCAAUUCUCUUUAUUGCAAGAGAUCAGAUCUUCAUUCCUGGUUCCUAUUGUAUGUUUGCUCUCCCACCUUGAGCCAGACACUUCCGAAAUUAAUGCACUUGAUCAUCAACUAACAAGAAGUCAUAGCGUUGGAUGCACGCAAUGCACGUGGAUGCUUUCUUCGAGUAUCUUUUGGGCAAACCUCAUGUGUAUUGGACUCAAGUUCCAUCACCCAAUAGCCUCAACGUGGAGGGUCGAGAUGGAGUACCCGCCGAGGAGGAUUUAGCACUGCGUGCAUUAUUGCCAGAGACAAGGCCAAAACGUGGUCGAAGAAAAGCCGAAGAUAGAGACAAUGAAAGUGACGCGGGAAAGUCGCCAGCUCAACGCCCUCGAAUAGAGGCAUCACCUACUUUAUCCGAAGAUUUCUUGAUUGCGAGAGCUUCAUUGAUUGGAGAUAACGCAACUCCAGCAUCAGCACAUCCAGGAUUCUCCCAGAACUUUACAGAGAGGAUGGCACCUUGGUCUGCAACAGGUACUCUGCCGCCAAACUUUCGUUGGAAUGGUUCCGAUAACAUCCAGACUCCAUUAUCAGCAUACCCGCAAUCUGCUAUUACUCCUAGUAAUCGUCUGAUGUGGGAUGGUGCAGAUGAGCCCCAAUCCGCCAUCACCCGUAAAAGCAGAUCAAGGAGAAGGCAUGGUCCGGCAGUUUCCUCAGCUUGGCCAAGUAGUGGUGGAAAAUCCGCUGGAAAACUGAGAGGAAGACCUUCAAGUAAUCGAUCGGUGCAGGAUGGUCCCUUUUCGACCUUUCCUGCAAAUCCCGCUUCCCGAGACGUUCCAACCAUCAAUCUCCACGAUAAUACCCCAACAGCCACGCCUGUGGUUGACAGGUCGGAAGUUCCUCAAUUCUUUCCUCCGGCUCCAGCGGCAAACAACCAAUCAAUGAAUAAUGGAAGACCAAGUCGACUGCAACUUCAAGUUCCCCAAAGACAAGGCGGCCCAGUAAGAUUGGCAACACCGCCUCCCCCUGGACCGCCCCCUCCGGUCGUACUUCUAAACGGAGAGGACAGUCCAAAUCUUCAAAAUGACCAAAUACCAAUUUCACGCCAAGCACCAUUAAUGGAAUAUUUCAACUCUCCUGAAAAUGAUGAUCCCAAUUUCCAACAAUUCGUUAGCAUUGAAUUCACACAGAAUGAUGACACAGACCGUACAAAUAUGGAUGCUUUGGAAAGCCAUUUUAUUUGCGAAAUCCUCGCUGCAGAUUGGUAUGACGCUUCUGGCGCCAGCAUCGAGAAAUGUAGUGUUGAUGAAGCAGAUAAGAUUUGCAAAGAGGUUGUCAAAAACCUCCAGGCUGGAUCGAGUAGUACGGAGGCUUUUUUGAUCAACUUGUCAGCACUGGCGGGAGGACCUUUGAUGACAAGGUUGAAAAUGACCCGCCUUGAGCAGGGAACUGUGGCUCAUUAUGAGUGUCAAUGGAAAAUGAAAUUUGGAUCUAUCGAAGGUAGUUUUACUAUCCAAGCUAUCAUUCAUCACGGGGCAGAGUCAGCUGCUCUGGAACACGGACCUGAGCCGACAGAGGAGUCUUGGAAGAAGAUGUAUCUUGAUCUCCGACAGCAGAUUCGGGAACGAGACGAGAAGCUCGGGAAGCUCAAGAGGGGUGUAUUGGACACGCUAGUUGAGUUGAGUUGA